UCCAGCUUUGCUUUGUAGUUGUAGCGCUAGCAGCUUAACUGGUCUGAGCUGAGGCUAGCUAGUCGUGCAGGAAGAGGAAGGAAUAUAAUGGCUGAGCGGGAGGUCGUCGAAGGCGGGACGACGACGGGAGGCGGGCUGUGGCGGAGGUAUGCGCCGCACGUCCAGAUGGUGCUGGCGCAGCUGUGCUACACGCUCAUGUACUUCAUCACCGAGGCCGCCUUCAACCAGGGUCUCAACCCCUACGUCUACAUCACCUACCGCCAUCUGCUCGUCGCCGUCCUCAUCUGGCCCUUCGCAUACUACCUGGAGAAGGGGCUGAGGCCUAAAAUGACGCUCAUGCUGUUCGUGGAGAUAUUCGUGCUCUCCCUUCUCGGGGUGAGCUUAACUCUGAACAUGUACUUCACGAGCCUGAAGUACACGUCCCCAACGUUCGUCACUUCCGUGGUGAACACCAUCGCCUCGAUGACGUUCGUCAUCGCCAUCAUCCUCAGGAUGGAGAUCGUGGACGUGAAGAGCCUACGCGGGGUCGCCAAGGUCGCAGGGACCGUGGUGUCGUUCGCCGGGGUGACCACCAUGACUCUGUACAAAGGAGCGGCCAUCACGAGCCUCUGGAAGUCGCCUGUUCAGAUCGCCGGCAGCGGCAGCGGCGGCGGAGGCGUCGCCCACGACAGCUGGGUGAAAGGGUCAGUCCUCGCAGUGGCCAGCUGCGUGUGCUGGUCCAUCUGGUACAUCAUGCAGGCGUCGUCUCUGAAGAGGUACCCCGCCCAGCUCUCGCUGACGGCGUGGAUGUGCACGGUCGGGGGCAUCCAGUCGACCGUGUUCACGCUGUUCAUGCAGCACGAGCCGGAGGAAUGGCGCAUCGGCUUCGGCGUCAAGUUCUGGAGCAUCGUCUACUCUGGCCUCGCCUGCAACGGCUUCACGGUGUUCGUGCAGCUCUGGUGCACCGAGAAGAAAGGCCCCGUCUUCGUCACCAUGUUCAACCCCCUCUCCACCAUCAUGGUCGCCAUCCUGGCCUACUUCAUCUUCGGCGAAAACCUAUACGUCGGGAGCAUCGUCGGAGGCGGGGUUGUGAUUCUGGGCCUCUACAUGCUGCUGUGGGGGAAGGAGAAAGACCAGGAGCGGGGCACGGGCAAAGAGCGGGAACAGCUCGAGACGGACUGCGAGAAGCAGGCGAAGAAGGUCAGCGACUGUGUCUACGAAGCGCCCAAGACGACGAAGUGACUGCCGCCGGCCAUGAGCGGCAGACGGCUCAAUCAAGCGCCAUGCCGUGCUCCAGUUCGGUUCUAUAUUUGUGAUGUACAGAGUCACCGAUCCGGUCUCGCCUCAUCAGCUAUGUAUAUAUAUGCAUAUGCAAUGCGGCAACAGACAGACGUCUGGCUCAGUCUGUGAAACCGUGAACCUGCCCUGAAGCUGGAGUUUUUUGGAACCGUAAUAUCACCAACACUGGGCUUCUG